CCCAUCCAGCUGGAGAGAGCAGAGCAUCGCAAGGUGGACACGCACACACAUACUUUAACACACCCUCACAGAGACACACAGAACCAUAAACGCUCACAUAUGCAGACACACACACACACACACACACCCGUGCCUCACGCAUCCCUGGACUUUAUCUGUGGAGUGAGAAGGACGCCUUCAAACUGACAAACUGAGAGAAAACGGAGCAACGCUGGGGAGGAACUUUUCGAUGGUGGAUUCAUAAAAUUGAAGAGGCUCCAAAGCAACGCUGACGAUGAGAGGUGGACUAACUCCACCGCUGUAGAGAGGCCUGCCGCCAUCCCACAGUGAAGAUUUGGGGGGUAUCCAGAGGAUCUGCAGAGAGUCACAUUCCCACCCUUCUCCUCCAAGGACUCCCACCCUCGUGUCAUCCCUCCACUGGGACACCUCUUAAAAAUCAGCAUGCCUACAGCUUGCACAAGGUGCACCUUGGGAGUGUGACCCACCAUGUGCAGAUGGACGGCAUCCGUAGCUCAUCUCCGUCCUGAACCUGCCCUCGGCGCCCCCGCUGCUGCGGCCCCCCCCGGCCGACCUCUGCCGCUGCCCAGCGCGGCCUCCCUUUGUCUGGCAUGCUUCACCUUGCUCCUGGUCACCUCUGGCACCGCCACGGGGGCCUGUGCUCCCGGGGGGAGGAAUGAGCCCCUCCAGAUGCUGGCAAGCGGCGUCAACUGCUCGUGGACACUGGAGCGGCACACUCGCAGCUACAAUCACUUGGAGGGCGACGUGCGGCUGCGGCGACUUUAUUCUGCCAACAAGUUCUUCCUGUGCAUUGACAAAACAGGCAAAGUGGACGGUACCCGGAGGAAAAACUACGCUGAAAGCCUAAUGGAAAUCCGAUCUGUCAGUGUGGGAGUCGUUGCCAUCAAAUCUGUCAGCACUGGGCUGUACUUAGCUAUGUCCAAGAAAGGCACACUCUUUGGAUCGGUGAAGUACAACCCGAGCUGCAAGUUCAAGGAGCGCAUUGAGGAGAAUGGCUACAACACGUACGCCUCCCUCCGCUGGAAGCACGGCGGCAGGCAGAUGUUUGUUUCGCUGAACGGGCGCGGGAAGCCGCGACGGGGCCACAAGGCUCGCCGGAGACACCCCUCCACUCAUUUCCUGCCCAUGCUCCCCUCCUAGCUGCCCAGGCCUGAACUCUGACUGGCAUCUGGCCGACACACCUACACUAGCAGGUGUAGGCUAGCACGGCACUAACGCUGAUCCAGUCCCGACAUUGAAUUAUCCUGUCACACAAAUGUACAUUUGUUAAGGUCUGUAACAUUUGUAGAGUUAGUGUAAUAUGUACGUUUAAGUUAUUUGUCUAAUGAUACUCAGUAAUACAGUACAGUAGAAUCCUUCUGUGUUCAGGCAUCUGGCCGGUUACAGUAUCUCUCUGAGUGCCUGACAUGACGCUGGGGUGACUAUGGGAGACAUUCAAUACUAUGUGUCACUAAAAACAAACAGAAAAAACCCUGGGAGAGAAACACGCCAGGGCUGUAGCUGCUACUGAGGACUCUGAGAUGAUGUUUUUGACUGGUUUAGCAAUUUCUCCUGGAAUAUUCAAUAUACAGUCCAGACUCAUUAAAGGUCAGUCGUACAGUCCAGACUCAUUAAAGGUCACUGAAAAAAAAUAGGGUUUUGUGCAUUCCUCCUGAGACCUCAUGACCUUAGCAUUUCUAAUGUUGUUGUUGCUGCACACUUCCGGAAAAGAAACACUGCCCUGACCUGCUGUACGGGUCUGUUUAAGUCACACACAACAGCAACUAAGCUAUUGACUUGGAUGCAACUUCCCUGACGAGCUCUGUGUGUUCAUGCAUGCUUCUGUCAAACUGCUUUUCAAAAAUCCACCAAUUCACAAAUACUAGUGUAGGAAUCAGUAUCUCCGGCUGCUGGUGCGUAGUUCGGUGGUGAAAUCGUCAGUCUACAUUCUCAUUGCAUUGUAGCAGCUGUAGGUGCACAGGUCAUGCUUUGUCUUUAGUAAAGGUUGUUACAUACUCUGUUACACCAUGCUAACAUUUUCCCAACGAGGCUCUCGGUAAUAGAACGUUUAAUAUAUUUAAAACAUUUUGUAAAACAUUUUGUACUGUUUAUUGUUACAGAUGACUUCAUGUGCUGGGUUGUAGUUCUACUGUUUAAAAGGAAGGGAUCUAUCAUUGUACUCAAGUCUAUAUUCCGCUCCUUUCAUUGGUCUUAUUGCUGGAUAGAGGCACAUACUGUAUGCGACUGUUUUCCAGUAUAGGCCAGUAAUGCAGGAUGCAUUUAUGACCACGCUCUUAGUUUGAAAUUCAGUAAAAUGGUUUGAGUGCCUUGAUCCUUUCUGACUUGUGAUGUUCAAUAAAAAUGUAAAUAACACUUACUUUCACUUGUAUUAUUGUCUUAUUUUCGUGGCAUCUUAAUCUUGCC